UGAAUAGAUGUACCAAACAAAUGAUUCAGUACCGUGAUUCCUUCCUCGUGAAUCGUAGUGUAGCGUGGUAACCACGAAACGAUUUUACGUCGCGCGUGAACGAAAAUAAAAUCCCCCAUCUGUUCAAAUAUUGUGCAAGUUGUUUUUAUACUGUACCCCAAAAAACCUCAGCUCAAAAUGUGUACGUUUUACGUCCCUCAUGUCUCGACGUAGCCGCGUUUUGUUCAUUUAUAUUUUUGUGUUCAGUGCUUGAGUGGGUUUUGUUUUUGUAUCCGUGUAUUGUGAAUGGAUUUAUUAUAACUCGAUUAUGAAGGCGUGCGCUUCGUAAAAGAUAACUAAAAUGGUACAAUGACGUGAAAGCGAUGCUGCUUCAGCAGACGUCGUCACCCGGUCCCAGCGGCACAGCCAGCCCCAAGCUAACCCCCAACCGACCCAACAUCAGCCCCAACUUCACCACCCGACUCACCGGCAGCCCCAGUCUAAGCGAUGGAGCAUCAAGUUCAAAUAGCCCCAGAUUGGGCACUAACAGUCCCAAGUUGGGCGCCAGUCCGAAGUAUGGGAGCCCUAGAAUGGGGAGUGGGAGUCCCAGAAUGGGAAGCGGGAGUCCAAGGUUCGAAGGAAAAGGUGCUUUGGAGGACGAGGUCGCGUUGGAGAGGCUACAAACGGAGCUAAAAGAAGGAUGGACGGUCCACACUGGGAGGGAUGGCAGACUUUAUUAUUGCAAUCACAUCACGCGGACAGCCAGCUGGCUUCCCCCGGUGGAGAGCUGGCCUUCCGGGGACUGUGACAGCGGCGAUGAAGAGCUGCCGUAUGGCUGGGAACAGGCAUUGGAUAGCCGAGGGAAGCCUUAUUAUAUCAACCAUGUCAACAAAACCACGACAUACGUGGCUCCAGAAGGCUUCUCGUGCGAGUCCCCGCCCGCGCCGCGGGACGUGGUGCUGGAGAGGGACCCUGAACUCGGCUUCGGCUUCGUGGCUGGAUCUGAGAAGCCUGUGCUGGUGCGCUUUGUCACGGACAACUCGCCGAGCGUUGGGAAACUGGAACCAGGCGAUCAAAUCCUCUGCGUCAACGGUGAAGACGUCAGCACAGCCGCGCGAGAGCACGUCAUAUCAGCAGUGCGAGCUUGCUCAGAGAAGGUCACGCUGCGAGUAUGUCAACCGGCACGGAGCGGCAACCUGACCAGGAGGUCCGCCUUCUUGUCCGCUGCCAAGCGAGCGAGACUGAGGGCGAGGCCUCCCAGGGUCAGGUUCGCUGACUCAGUUCAGCUGAAUGGGGCUCCGAUGUACCCUCCCUCGGCAUUCUCCCUCGGCGAUCUCUGUCUACCACCGAUGGCGAAUGUCCUCAAAGUAUUUCUUGAGAACGGUCAGACGAAGUCCUUCAAGUACGACGCCACCACCACCGUGGCAGACGUCGUCACCAGCCUCAAGGACAAACUGUGCAUCACUGCGGAGGAACACUUCAGCUUGGUGGUCGAACAUGUAAAAAGUUUGAGGAGGAACAAGCUUACCUUGUUAGACCCGAAAGAAUCUUUGGCAAGGAUCGCCGCACGACCAGGAUCUCAUAAAAUGCGUUGCCUAUUCCGAGUCGUCUUCAUGCCAUCAUCAGCGGCUGAACUGGCUCAACGAGACCUCGCAGCGUUGGAUUAUCUGUACAUGCAAUGCUGUAACGACGUGGCACAGGAUCGAUUUGCGCCAGAGCUGCAACCCGACGUGGCGCUGAGGCUCGCUGCCUUGCACAUACAUCAACAUGCGCUGGCGCAUAACCUGCCGCCUGCUAAGAUUACUGUCAAAGCUGUUGAGCGAGAGUUCGGCUUCGAGAGGUUCGUGCCAAGCAGCCUGUUAGAGAGUAUGAAACGCAAAGAGCUUCGGCGUCUGGUAGCGCACUUCCUCAAGCUCAACGCGCAGAUGACGGGCAGUCAGCGACAUCUAACGCAGUUGCAGGCAAAACUUCAUUACUUGGACAUAGUGGGUAGUCUUCCAAGUUACGGCGCGAAGUGCUUCAGCUGCAGUCGACCUGAACGUGUUCUAUUGGUUUCACCGCGCUUUGGACUCAGUCAAAUCGUGGGCAGAAAUAACUCUGUGCCCCAAUCCAUCGCCUCUCUGGAAGAAGUGGAAGGCGUCCGCGUGAAGAGCGAAUGUUCCGGAAGCGCGGACGUCGCUAUCUUCCUGCAGAGGGACCGAGUUCUCGCGUUGCUCAUGGAAGAGAAGGAUGCAACGGAGAUGCCUCUUGUUAUAGCUGGAUAUUACAGGCUCGCCACAGGCCGAGAGUUGAAUAUUGAGCUAGAAAGAGAGCCUAUGACUGAAGACAUAGCACCACCUUACUUGUCGCAGCACAGUGUAGUACCGGCAAAAUGGAGCUACUUGUAUUACGAUGACCCCAUGAUCCUCGGCAAAAAGCAUUUCGCCAUCUUCAGUAUGCCGCCUCCAUAUCAUUCCACACCGGACCAGACCAAAUCUAGCCUGGACACCAACAUGAACACUAGCAUAGCCAAUCGUAACCAUAGCAACACCUCCAGCCCAUUAGUUGGCUACGGAACAAAACCAAGCAUUCUAGGUCACGACAUUCAUUUCGAAAAAUGUAAACGAACUGAAGAUUUCAGACUUUUUGAUCCAAAUGACACUUGUUAUCUAGACGAUGGUAUGGGCUUUGAUCUACAAAGCGUAUUGUCUAUGGAACUAUUAGAAAACGUGAAUAAUCCUCGUCUAGUAGAAGCCAAAAACGAAGAGGUGUUAAGAAGAGUAGCAGAAAUGCAAAAACUAGUAGAAAAUUCCGAACAAUAUCUGACUGAAAAUUGUGAUCUUUACAAUGAUAUUGGUUAUGAUGGUAUUUUAAGAGACGAAUUAGUUGGUAAAGAGACUUGCGUAGAUCAUUUAGAGAGUGAUACGGAAUCUGUUAAUAGUAGAAUGUCGGCCGCUGAUGAUGCGCCAGGGAUAUUAAAACAUAGUGAUUCCUUAUUACUUCUGACUGAAACGAUUAAUCAAGGUUUGAGUGGUUUGACUGCAGCUGAAACUGAAAAAGAGUUUAAUGGUAGUGAUCUCACAAAAAGGCAAUCACAAGGUCUUAGUGCAAUACUUAACAAUUGUGGACUCACUGAUGCUUUAUUAGCUCUAAAUAAUGAUGUUGUUUAUUCUGAAAGUGAUAAUGAUUCUUCAUAUACUCCUACAAGUAGUCCUAUAAGAAAACAUCAAACUAAAGCUUCUAAUAAAGCAGUCAGAACUAGUUUUGGUUUGCACAGUCCAGACGCUACAUUAGAUGCUAAAGAAUCUAAUUUGAAAGAAUACUUAAAACAACUAAGAGAGAAAAGUAAUAGGGAAGAAAACGCAUCUGAAUUUCCAUUUUUUUAUCAGGAAAGUAUAGUAGACAACGACGCCGAGCUUAUAGAUUUAACGUUAAUACCUCCACCGCAAACUCCUGAUGAGUUAGACUGUUCAACACAAGUGCCUCAAAUUUUACCCAUAGUUCCACCAUCAUUCGCUGACGAUAAGGACACGGAACAAGACAAUAUACCAAAAAGUAAUGAACUAGAAGAAUUUAUAGCCAAUGUUACUAUACAGCCACCUACAGUUAGAAUAACUCCAGCAAUAGAGCUUACUCCCGAAGAAAUUAUGUCAUAUAUCAUUCCACCGCCACCGGGAUCUAACUCAUCGACGUUAGAUAGAGAUCAAGCGAGAUACGUAAAUCAAGAUGAAUUGUGUGAAACUAAAAAUGAACAGAACUCUUGUAACGAUGUGAAAACAUCCAACGGUGAUGUAACAAGAGGAGUUCUUAGCGUUAGUGAAAUUAGAAGCAUGUUCAAUGCAAAAGGCUUAAGUGAUGCUAGAAAUAGUUUGUUAUUAAAAGAUAAAAACAAAUCUCAAACAAAGUCCGAUUCACCGAAAUGUAAAAGAAAAAGUAUUACGGGAGAUAAACAAUCAAAUGGAAUUACGCACAUAAUAGAAUACCCGACAGUUGAAAGAAAGGGUAUGUUUUCUUGUUGCAGCAAAGAUAAAAAUAAGAGUGAAGAGAAUAGUGAAACUGAAACUGAAAAAGUCGAGGGUCAAAUACAAAAUUCUGAUUCAAUGCCUGAUGUUUGCGAGAUAAGGCCCCCUCCUAGAAGAAAAAGUAGUGAAAUUCGUAAACCGCCAGAACGCCCCCCAAAAACACCACCAACUCCCGCUCCCCGACCGAGAUCGAAUUCAUUCACAUGUCCAAAUAACGAAUUGAGUGCUGUCGAAAUCACGACUAAUCAUUUCGGUACCAUGAAUAAUAGGAAACUGAACUAUAAAGUUGUGUGUGAAUUAAACGAAGGCCCACAAAUCCCUCCUCAAUUACCACCCCGACCGGAGAACAGAAUCCUUUCACCACCUCCACCUUUGUUACUACCCCCAAAAAAACCACCACUACCUCCAGUACCGAGCAUUGAAGUUUUACGUAUAAAAAAUGCCCAAAAAUCGUCUCCAGUGCGUGCCACUGAAAGACUAGCCAGCAUAGGUUCACCACACUUCCAAAGAAAUCUCAGCACGUAUAGGAAUCUCGAAAAUGAAAACCGAUUAACCGACGACGAAUCUCAAAGCAUAAGGUCCACACAAAACUACAGUUCCAUGACGUUGCAGAAUCGACACGUUCGGUCAAAUUCGGAGACGAAGAAUACGAUAUUGAAAAACAAAGAGAUGUCCACAGCUCUGUCGCUAUGUUCUCCUCAGAUGAACAGGCGUUUCAGCAACAGACCUGAUAUUUUAAAUGGAGCACCAGUAGGUGACCCGCGUAUGUUCAGUCCUCCAUUAUCUGAGAGGAAAGCUGUAAGAAGGGACAGUGCUAGUUCCACUGGCAAGGUUCAGAACCAUGUAAGGUUUAAGGAGGACGUGAUUGACGAUAUUCCGACUCCUCCAUCGCCUCCUACGGUCAAGUUUCCCGAUUUCCAAGCGGGGAAUAAUGGGCAUGUGUCUAUAGAGAAUUUGUUGUGCAAGACGGAGGUAGCAGUGGAUGGGUUGCUUCAGAGGUUGCAUCAAGUUGCUCAAAAGUGUUCGCAUCAACAUGCUCACGGCGGUGGCGAGGAUAUCGAUGAAGUCAAAUUUCAACGAGCUCGCAACGAGUUGACAUCCUGUGCAGUGUCGCUAGUGGGUGCGUCGCGCACGCUGGUGGGCGCUCUCGGGGCGUCCCCGGCCGCGCCCCCCGCUCCUUCCGCACCCGCUGCACUAGCCGACUGCCUGACGCCUCUGCGACGACUCGCAGACCUUGCUCAGGCACUUGGGAGACACACGUCAGCACCAUUACAAACCAGAAACUUAGUCCUCCGAGUUCAUGACGUCACCGCAGCGUUCAAAGACCUUGCAGGAGCUGAAAUGGCGCAUAUUAUCCACGAACACAACACCAAAGGCGGCCAAGGACAAGGCCAGGACACCAACUCAACACUAGAAGGACAAUUGGCACUGAGAGCUGAAUGCCUGGCCAAUGUGUUGGCUACAUUGCUCAGAAGUCUGAGAGUCUUUUCUCCUUAAACAUUGCGGAAAUUCGUAAUUUGGCAGCUCAUAAUGCAAUACACUCCAAUGGUACGAGUAUGUGUAAUCUGUGGAACAUCAUCUGUAAUCUCAAGCUGAUCCCAAACUGGAAACUAAAACUAAGUUUACAGUACGAGUCAACUUAGAAGUUGCGUCGGCAUAAUUCGCAAAAAUUAUCACUUCUGGACUAACUCUUUUGUUUAUUAUUACUGCAAUGAAUGUAAUCGAAAAUGAUCUAUGCGCGUAUGCAAUAAAUUGUAAAAUUAUCUCAGACCUCUUGUUGAAAUUGGCUAUGUGGAAAAGCGUCAGUGCAGUGAGGCGAAAAAGAGCGGUUGCCAUUGGUUAUUCGAUUUAAGUUCGUUCUUUAGUAACUUCAAGUUAUAUCGUACUUCGUACUGUACUUUUUGACGUCUAUAGGGAAUAUAAUCUCAAAAUCCUGCUCACUGUCAUAGACAAUUAAAAAAAAAAAUAUCAUGAUAUCUAUUCGAAUCUCUUUAAUGUUUAGUGUAAAAUAGUUUUAUCUUCUGUUAAAAUGACCGUUACUAAAAUGAGACCAAAUAAAAUUAGGUACGUUUGUAUAAUUAUUAUUAUUGUAGUUGGCGACAAUUUUGUUAGUUAAGUUGUAGUUUUGUAAAUUUUAACAUACGUUAACCUGUAUUGAUUGUUAAUAUGAGUUCUUGUGUAAAGCUAAGGCCUACAUCUAAAAAUAUAUUCGUGUCCAUGGAAAUUCGAGAGAAAGAAAUUUUCAGACGUUUUUUGUAGUUGUUUAUACCUAAGUGAAAUUCGUCUUCUGACACCAGAAUACCUUGCUAUAAUAAUAAAAAUAUACUUCUAUUUUAAUCUAUGAUUCCAUAAUAAAAUGUUACCAUGUUAAAUAAUUAAGUUAACGUAUACUUUAAAACAUAUCUGUUCACAUUAUCAACUAUAUUGUAUAUUUUAUUAUAGGUAUGUGUGAUUAAAAUAGGGUGCAUAAAUAAAUGAAAUGUAAUUAAAUCAUAUCUGUAUACUAACAUGUCUAACUGAAUAGUAGCAUUAAAUGUCAAAUGCAUUUUGCUUUUUUCUAAUGACAUUUUAUUUUGCGUCGUAGUCUGUGUUGCUAGUUGUUAAAAUGAUUUUUAAUUAACAUCAGUGUCAUCGUUUAUCCGGUGUGCUAAUAUUAAAUAUUGGUGCUAUUUAAAAAAGUGUAAGUUUUUGUAUUAUGAUUGGUUGAAAUAAUGAGUGACGCGGUAAAAAGUGCACUAACGAUUUGAAUUUGGAAUUAUACUUUGUUGUACGUCUACAUACAUGAAAACUUAAUAAUUUGUGUAUGUACUUAUAUUUAAUUUUCUACUUUCUUUUGUCACCUGUAAAGUACAAUUUUUAUUCUUUCCUUUACGAAAUCUUAAUACCAGUAUUUAACCAAAGAUAUUCUUUUUUAUUUGUUUUACUUUUUCAUUUAAUUUUUAUAUUUUGAUUUUAAAGCCUUGUUCAUUCCUUUUAGCGUAAUACUUCUUAUUAUACAAGUGUUUUUGAUGAAAAGUAUAGGUCGAACUAUUUUUAUUUAUUCUUUAAUAUAUUACAAUUAAUAUAUCAGAAUAAAUGUUUUAAGAUGAUUACUAUAUCAAAAAACUAUGUAAAAUAUCAAACAUAUACAUAAUUGUUGCUAAAUAAUAGUAAAUUGCAACUGUUAUCUUAAAAUAAAAUAUCAUCAGGACGUCACAUUUAUAAAUAACACAAUAACAAAUAACACAAACAAGGUGUUUUAUUAUUUUCUCAUCGAUGUAUAUGUAAAAUAGUUAGGGGAUGAAAUACAACCUUGAGUAACACCUAAAAGAAAUUGACCGUUUUUAACCAAUUAUUAUUGUUUUAUUGCAAAUGUGAACAGUCAUAAUAUGACUGUAUGUUUACAUUUGCCCUAAAAUAAGUAUAAGUAUUGUUAUAAUCCUGACAAAAAAUAAGUUUGACAUAUUUAACAGAAAUAUUAAUUAAUAUUUCUUUAAUAGCAACGAUCUUAUAGCAUUCAAUUAUGUAUAUGUUUAAUAUUAAACUUAAGGUAUAAAUGUUUUAACUGCUAAGUUAAAUCGAUAUUAUACAAGGUAACUAACUAUACAAUACAUAUUAAUAAUAUAAUAAUAUCACACCAAUCUAUUUAUUGUUUCAAAGAUCACAAUGCAAUGCAUUUGAUGUAAUAAACCAUUUAAAAC